AUGUCGUCUCGUGCUUUGCGCAAGGCACAAAGGGAAAAAGAAGAGCAAGAGAGACUGAAGCGAUUGGAGGAUGAGGCACACGCUUUGGAGGAAGAUGAAGAAGCUGAAGAGGAAUUCUCCCAACCGGCGGUCAGGAAGAGCGCUUUCGCUAUGCUAGAGGAGGACGGAGAUGCAGAAGAUGAUGAGGUGGAGAAUGCCGAGGACGAUGAUGACGCAGAAGAGGCACCCACGACAGUAGCGAUACCCAAGACUUCCUCGUCUAAGAGGAAGAAGAAAAAGAAGAAGAGCAAAGGUGCUGCGAAUGGCUCGACCGCACAGGAAGCAGAGUUAGACGAGAUCGAUGCUGCUUUGAAGCAGUUGUCCACUAACGGCAAAGCAUCACAAACCGCCACUACCACAGCAGGUUCGAACGAGGCAGUGAAUGAGUCGUGCCGGCUGCUUUCCAUCGAUGCUAGUCACCUCCACGCGCAGAACGAGAUGAGGCGACUAUUUGGACGUGCGGCGCUUGAGCAAGAUGGGGAUGAUCAGCCCGCGGCGCCUGGACCAGCUGRUGGUAACCGGAGACAGCAGCGACAAGCUCAGCAAGUUGGCUUGGCACAAGCUCUGCGUGGCCAACGUCAGGAUGGUAGGUCCGGGUUGGCUGCCAUGGCUUUGCGCAGGAAUAUCUUCAUACAAGGAAAGGAAGAAUGGCCUGUGGCUACUGGAGGUGGUUUGGGUAUGGAGGUUGAAGAAAAGCGCGCGGACGGUACCGUGCUGUAUCGUUUCGUUCACAACACUGCCUACCAGGAUGUACAGGCUCAGUUCGAGAGUUGUGUUGCAUCCAUGGAWCCAAACCGCAUGAUUGUCUUGCUUCAACACAACCCUUACCACAUCUCAACCCUACUACAAGUCUCGGAGAUUGCAAAACAAGAACGGGACCACUCAACUUCAGGCGAUCUACUUGAACGUGCGCUGUUUUCCUUUGGACGCGCCGUCCAUUCUACCUUCAACAAGAACCUAGCGGAAGGAAAAGCGCGGCUCGACUUUCGACGACCGGAGAACCGCGAGUUCUGGCUGGCCACAUGGCGCUACAGUCAAAACCUGACAAUGCGUGCUACGUGGAGGACCGUCUACGAGUGGACCAAGUUGCUCAUCUCCUUGUCCCCUGAAAGCGAUCCGUAUGCACUUUGGUUGGUUCUUGACCAAUACGCUCUACGAUCGCGACAGGACCUUGAUUACUUGAACAUCAGCAGAAGUGCAGCUCUCAAGCGUAUUCACCGCGAUAUGCCAAACGUGCAACUCAGUCAGGCCCUUGCGGAGUUUCGCGCAGGCAACAAAGGUAAAGGCAAGCAGCUGCUCUAUACUGCAAUCGGCAGGUUCCCUUGGGUUGUUGCUCGACUUUUACAAGAAUUGACACUCGAUGCACCUCCUGGCGUGUGGGGAAAGGAGCCAAGGUCAGAAAAAGAAAGGCUCUACUCUGAACUAUACGCUACCAGAGCCAAAGACCUAUGGAACACUCCUGAAAUCUCAGCUCUACUGAUGGAAGUGGCAAGCGCUGUUCAGCCAGAGGCACCACAGGCGGAAAUCAACCGAACGGAUAUCAGCAAAGAUGAGGCUCGCCAUGUGCUCCUCUCCGACACACCUGCACUCAUCGCGCUGGUGCCACGGCAUUGGACGGCGAAACUUGACAGCUCUUCAGAUCCGCUUCCUCCAAACGACAGCAUCAGCUCUUACUCAUCUGCCAGCUCGACGAGCCGUACAGCACCUGGCUUAGCACGCAUGUCCAGUGCAGAGAUGGCUCGGUAUGUCGCGGAGAUCCGAGACAUCCACGCCUUCUUCGACCAGCUAUUCCCGUGGUACAACCCACAGCCCGGAGAUGGCGCUGCUGAUGAUCGCGAGGGCGCGCCGACGUCUCUCGAGGAGCUUAGGCAGCAAGUCGAGGAUUCUGAUGUUGACCCUGCAGUCUUCAAUGAGCAUGUGCAGAGGAUGACGCAUAUCCAGAACAACCUUCUUGGAGGCGGUGCCAUCACACAGACGGGAAUCUUGGACAGACUAGCAAUCAAUCCACGAUUGAUGCCGCCUGAGCUACUGGAAGCUGUCGUCGCCAACCAGGGUGUUGAGCACGCUGAUGAAGAGCAGGACUGGGGUAACCAGCCGCAUGUGGAGGAUGCUUCGGUUUCUGAGUGA